UUUGGUCCAGUAGUUGCAUGUUACUAUGCGCUUGCAAAAUCUGUCACAGCCCCACUUCAGCACCUUGCCAACAGGAGCAACGCUAACGCGAGCCCCGUUUGUCGAUGAUUUGUCGCAUUGGAUUGGUUAGACGGCGGUAAUUUCGGGCUCAGCUCGGCUAACCGCUUUCCUGCUUCUCUGUAAUACAAAGCUAGGGGAAAAUCGUCGGCUGUUGUUUGCGUCUAGAAAGUUAUUAACGGUUUUGACUCAUAUCCAGCCUUCUUAUAGCCAGUUUCUUAGAGCGCCAGCUGGUUGCAGAAAGGCACCAAAAAGCAGGAUGCUGUUUAACGUUAGGCGGGCAAACGGAGGCUCUGGCACGGCUCCUGCCAACCUUUUACGCGGGCACCGCGAUGCAAGUCAGUUUCACUUUCAGGAUGGGAGUACUCCAGACACAGCUGGCACAUGACUGCAAAACCUGUAUCCUUUGCGAUGCUACAGCAUUUUCGUGUUUAGUUUAAUGCCUGUUCUGCCCUAUGGGGCAGCAUCCCUCUGAGUGUGGCACCAUGGAGCAGCUAGAAGAGGAGCUUACGUGCCCGAUCUGCUGCGGUCUCUUUGAGGACCCGCGGGUUCUGCUGUGCUCGCACAGCUUUUGCAAGAAAUGCUUGGAGGGACUCUUGGAAGGGAACCGAGGUCCCGUUUUCAGAGCACCUUUCAAGUGUCCCACAUGCCGCAAAGAGACCCCUCAAAACGGCGCAAACAGCCUGCAGAUCAACUAUUCUCUGCGUGGAAUAGUGGAGAAGUACAGCAAAAUAAAGGUUAUGCCCAAGAUGUCUGUUUGUAAACAACACCGCGGCCAGCCUCUAAACAUAUUUUGCGCCACGGACUUAAAACUCAUUUGUGGGUUUUGCGCAACAACAGAUGACCACGAAGGGCAUAAAUUCUGCUCCUUGGAGGAGGCAUAUGAACGAGAGAAGGAGGCAUUUGAAGAGCUGCUUCACGGGGUGGAGAGUUGGCAGAGCGCAGAUAUCCUGUCCUGCCUUGAGGCACUACAAGCCAGCAAGAAAAAGGCGCUUCAGUCGGUGACCAAGGACGCAGAAAAGGUAUCAGACUAUUUCGAAAAGCUCAUCAGUGCUCUGGAAUGCAAAAAGAAUGAGAUCCUCUCCGAUUUCGAAACGCUGAAGCUGGUGGUGUUGCAAGCAUACGACCCGGAGAUCACCAAGCUGAGCGCAGCGAUGGAGGAGCACAGGCGGGCGCUCAGCAUCGCCGAGUCCUUCAGGAGCGUCUCCGACCCCCUGUGCUUUCUGCAGCAGAUGCAGGAGUUUCGGGACAAGUUGGGGGUCCUUAAGGAGACUCUGCUGCCCUCUCGAAACGACAUGGACGUCGGUCCCCUUGUGCACAAUUUUGAUGUCAAGAAGUGGGACUCACUGAGGCUCAGAGAAGUGGACAAGAUCUCAGUCCCCCACGAGAGUGGCUCCUACCGAGCGCGGGGCUCACGGAUGGCGGCGCUCAGAUGGAUCGCCUUAUUUCUGAGUUUGUCACUGCCAGCACUGCUCCUGCUGCAGCCGCACAACCGUGCAGCCUACCUGCCCGCGCAGAUUGAACCAUUUCUCUCUGCAGUGUCCUCGCACCUUGCCCACACUGGUGCGUACCUGCGGGAGAUGACUGACAUGUACACAAGUUUAAUGGGUGCAGGUCAGGAAUGCAUCGCGAACUUAAUUGACUCUACUGUCAGUUUUAUUGGCAGUUGUAAGUUGUUUUAAUAAGUACCCUGUGGCACAUCUGCCACACACUCAGUUACAGAAUGCUAUCCAUGUCACCGUGCGGUGCGUUAAACUAGUGACGGAUAUGCACAUGAAUAUAUUGAAACACUUGUUUACCCAUUUUUUUGCAGUGUUUUUUAUUUUUGCUUUUUUUCCUCUAAACUCCAGCCUCAAUGAAGCCAUAGAAUCAAACAGAAUCAACCCUUAAUCCAGACCUUGUGUUGUUCGUCUUCAUCAAAUAGACGCUAACUCAUAUUUCUGCCCACGAAUGUGCACUCUAUUUUCUCUUUUUAAGCACGAUAUGACAAAUUUAUACUUGUCCAAGAUCAUCUUUAUAAAUAAAACUGGGAAAUUUAA